CGCCAACACUGUGGACAAAUGGUCCUAAAGCCACCGCCGCAGGAGCUUCAUGAGUAGCACAUCUAUCCCUGUCUCUUCUCACAAUGUCGCAAGUAAUCUCCAAUUCCGGCCACGAUGACAUGGUCCACGAUGCUGUCCUAGACUACUAUGGACGAAGACUAGCAACAUGCUCAUCCGACAAGACGAUCAAAAUCUUUGAAAUUGAUGGCGAGACUCACCGCCUGACGGAGACGCUGAAGGGACACGAGGGAGCAGUGUGGUGUGUUUCAUGGGCACAUCCCAAGUAUGGCAAUAUUCUCGCAUCGUCAAGCUUCGACGGCAAGGUCUUCAUCUGGCGAGAGCAAAAUGGACAAUGGACAAAAGUCUUCGAUUUUGGACUUCACACCGCAAGCGUCAACAUUGUCUCCUGGGCACCCCAUGAGCUCGGCUGCCUUCUCGCAUGCGCCAGCUCCGAUGGCAACGUCAGUGUGCUCGAAUUCGCCGACAACAGCUGGUCUCACAAAAUCUUCCCUGCCCACAUUAUUGGCGUCAACGCUGUAUCGUGGGCGCCGUCCACGUCGCCAGGCUCACUAGUCAGCGCGGGCAGCGGCAUCGGCAAGGAACGCGAACGAAAAUUUGUUAGCGGAGGAAGUGAUAACCUCGUGAAGAUAUGGGAGUGGAGCUCCGAGACUCAAUCAUACACCAACACGACCACCUUGAGCGGCCACACCGACUGGGUCCGCGACGUCGCGUGGGCGCCGACCAUUCUUCAGAAAUCCUACAUUGCGUCUGCAUCGCAGGACAAGACGGUGCGUAUCUGGACGUCCGACGCCGCGCACCCGGGCGAAUGGAAGAGCACCACGCUCAACUUUGACUCUGUUCUGUGGCGCGUAAGCUGGAGUCUGAGCGGCAACGUGCUCGCUGUAUCUGGUGGCGACAACAAGGUCAGCUUGUGGAAGGAGAAUCUCAAGGGCGAGUGGGAGUGCGUCAAGACUAUCGAGGAGUAAUCUUUUCUUUUACGUUUGGUUAUAUAUGCCUGUAGCCGAACGCAGAAAAUGCUCUAGUCAACCGCACAGAAGAGAAUAUCUUUCACCACAACCCUCGCCUCUUCCGUAAUUAUCAUUCCCUCACGCCCGAACGGAAUUUCAAUCAAGAUAUCAUCGCCGCCUUCCUCUUCAUCUCCAUCAUCUUCAUUGUUUCUUAAAGUAUUUUCUCUUCAGGUAACUAGCAUCGAGGGAUAUAAAAAUCAACUUCUUAAAAAUAAACUUUUACGCUCAUCGUCAUCGUAUCAAAACAUUGUCGCAAACACAGCGGUAGGAGGUAGUGUCACCACUCGACUAAUGUACUAGC